AUGCCUGAACGACCUCGUCUUCACUUAGAUUUCAACUCACCUGUUACCCCACCACCAAUCUACUCGCCAUACUUUACCCCUACCUCACCUCCUUCGUCAUUCACUUCCACACCUACUCGAAGAUCCUCCACGUCAAGUACUUCAAGCUCGUUCGAUAGUCCUAAGACGCCCAGUACGCCGAGAAUCAUCAUGGGAGCUAUGGUAUUUACCCCCGAACCGAAAACGAUCAAUGGGAAUGCGAUAGGGGAGGGGGAUGAAAGUGAUUGUGAAGAGGGGGAGAUGAGUUUAGAAGUUCCAGGGAUAGUAUUGACCGAACCACCUCGUCCACCUUCCCCUCGAUUACCUACCCCACCACCUAAACAGGUGGUCCUCCUCGCUCCAUGUUCCUUACCACUCCCCUCCCAACAACUGACAUCGAUGUCAUCUUCGAAAGAUUCCAAAAUCAAGACACCUCUCUCCUUCUCCAGUUGUCAGCAAAGUCAAGGUGGUAAACCUCAAUUCUCCAAUACGUUCCUCAAGUUACUUGGUCAUCCUCAUUCUCAACCUUCUUCCAAUGCUGGUAGUAAGACGAAGCGAAGUUCGUUGAAGAUGAUACUUCUGUUGAGUGUUAUGAUUUUGGGGGUAUGGCAUUUAUGGAGCACGUUGGAGGUGGGAUUGACCAUCGGCUUAGUAGAGGAAGCUUCUUUGAUCUUAUAA